AUGGCAACAAUCUUUGAUAUUUUAAAUACUCUUAAUAAUAAUAAUAAUAAUAAUUUUGAAAAUUGUAAAAGACAAUGCUCAACCAAUAAAAGCAAUAAGACAAUUAUUGAUAUACUACCACCAAUGGAUGUAACAAUGACAAAUGAUAAACUAAUCAUUGAAACAGAGUUAGCAGGUAUUUCAAAAGAUCAUAUUGAAAUUGACAUUAAAGAUUCAAUACUCACUAUUCAAGGUGAAAAGAAAAAGAAUUUAAAUAAACAACAACAACAAUUAGUUAUUGAAAAAUCAUCAACAUCACCAUCAUCAUCAACAUUAGAUAGCAAAGAAGAUGAACCAUCAAUUGAAGAGUUUGAAGAUGAUAUUAAACCAAAAUCAACCACCAGUACUACAACUGUAUCUACUACCACCACCGCCACUAAAGAGAAUAAAGAAGAUGAAAAUAAAACAAAACCAACUGAUAAAAAGUUUAUUUCAGAAAGAUCAUUUGGUAAUUUUAAAAGAUAUUUAGAUUUAACAAAAGUUUUAUAUCAAUUAGAUUUAAAUUCAAUCAAUACUCAAUUUGAAAAUGGUUUAUUAACAAUUACAAUCAAUAAGAAAUUACAUUAUCCAAAUCCAAUUAAAAUUAAUAUAAAUUAA